GGGGGUGGUACUUAUGGGAACAAGUUGGCAAAACUCCUGUUCUCCUCUUCACAACAAUAACUGCGCUACAAACAAUCCCUAGAAAGAGCGCGUGUAUUGGAGUACCCACAUUUAGGAUUUCCUUCUACUCGAAAAGACAAAAGCCCACCACAGACUGUCGGUAUAAAUCGCUGCUUCUUCACCACUGACUGUUUUCUCCUCCUGUUUGCAGGAACAGGCAGGAUGUCUGUGACCAUAGCCAAGGCCGAUGGGGUCACUGUGUUAACUUUGACCUCUGAUCCCCAAAGUUCUUGUCCUCCACUGUGCCAAAUCCUGAAGGGCCUUUGCUACAGCCCCGUGUGCUGCUCUGUGUCUCAGCACUUGAGGAGGGUCCAGAAAAGUUCUCAGUCUGUACUCGGGGCUCUGCAUAUUAUGGUUGGAUUGCUCAACAUUGGCCUUGGUGCGAUCCUCUGUAACUGGGGUAGUGGCUCUUCGUGGGAAAUGGAGAGUACCCUAUAUCCUUUUUGGCUUGGAGCACUGUUUAUCUUAUUCGGUGCCAUGAGCAUUUUGUCCGAGAAGCGCCCAAGUCCAUGUCUGGUCAUCCUCAGUGUGAUUCUCAAUCUAGCAGGAGUUGCUUUUGCCAUUGCAGCCAUCAUACUCUACAGCUUAAAUAUAGCAGAAAUAGGGCUUUGGUGGAUGUGUGGAUCUGAUGAUUAUUACUAUUCAAGACACCAUACUCCAUCUCCUCAUGAGGACAUCGCGACCGAGAAAUGCUUGGAGGGCAAAGCACUAAUUCUGAUGCUUUUUAGAGGCAUCAAUGCUGUGCUGAUUGUCCUGUCGGUCCUGGAGCUCUGUGUCAGCAUCAGCUCUGCCGUCUUGGGGAUCAAGGCUCUGAGGAGCAGUGAGAAGAAAGAAAACAAGAGCAAUGAUGACCCAGAACACUGCAAACCACUGCUGGAGGACGUCACCACCAACCCUACAGCCUGAAAGAAAACCUCUGCUUCAUGCUAUCUGUUACUAUAAUCCUAUGCAUUUACAAACCAGCAUGGAGGAAGUGCAAACCACUGCUGGAGAAAGUCCUGGAUAACCUUACAGUGACAGUCUAAAUGACAAUCUCUGCUUUAUUAUCAUCUGUUACUAUAAUCCUGUGCAUUUACACCAGUUACUGUGUGUUCUGUACAGUCCAUGAUUUUCACAAAGUAUCCGGUACAAAACAUCUGGUUCUUAUCCCUGCAAGGGGGUUGCUUUAAAAGAUUUUCACUUAUAUUUUAUAUUGUAUUUUCGGUAAUGAUCUGCACUAAACUGUAUGCUGCUGCCAAUUUCAUUCUUCUUCAUUCUGUUGGUGUUUAUUUGUGUUAAUAUAUUCAGUUUAUUGUACCUUUCUGUCAAGUAAUGUGCCUUUACAGUCAGUGUGUUGUUACAUGUGGGUAAAAGGGAGGUUUAUACAUGUGUUUGUGGCACUUGUGGAUUUAAAAAAAAUUUUUUUUAUUGUAUUCUUUUGUACAAUAUUAAAACUUUGAAAAAA